UCUUAAUUUUUUUAAUUGCUUAUAUAAUUUGUAUUAUUUAAAUGUUUAAAUUAGUUUUUAGUAUUAAGUUUGUUCAUUAUUAUGUGGUUUAAUGAGCGUGCACGUUCUUCAAAGAAAUGUGUAUUGAAGUCGUGUGGAGAAAAACGUACUGGCAAUGAAUCAUUGAGCUUGUUUAGUUUUCCUAAAGAUCCUGUUCGCUUUUUCUUUAUGCUUUAGAUGUGGAAUCUGGUUAAAUAAUUGUCAACUCGAUGCCGAUAGUCAUUCUCUAAAAAACAUUUUAUUGUGCAGUAAACAUUUUGAGAAAAAAAUGUUUCUCAAUGAUCUAAGAAAUAGAUUACAACCACACGCUAUACCUACAUUUUUUCCAGAUAGAAAAGAUUCUCAAAAAUUGGCCGACUCAACAUCUUGUGUUGAAGAUAAACCAUUGGACAUUUCUUCCACUGGUAGUGUAAUAACAUGCACAUCUGAAGACUCGUGUGUCGAAGACAUUUUGCGUACCCAAAUUAAAAAUGAGAUGAAAGCUCGUCUUAAAGCCGAAAAAACUGUAAUGAAAUUAAGGAAACAACAAGCCAAAUAUGAGAGCGUUGAACAUUUUCUUGAUCUGUGUCAAAAACAUUUGUCUCCUGAUGUACUAACCAUUGUGAAGUCUCACAUGACAGAAAAGAAACCCUCAUGGAUACAGGCACUAGAAAUUCCAACAGAAGUCAAGUAAUGUUUGGCGAUACCUUUUUAACGACUCAGAUGGAAUUGGAAAUCACUAUUUGUGUGUAUGCUAAUUUUAGCUGCUUACAUAAUACUAAAUAUAUUUUCUAACAUUUUUUUUUCUGUAAAAAACCAUAGGUAUUAAGAAAGAAUGAUGUUUUAAUUUUUUUAAAGAAUUUUUGUGUCUGGACCCACAUUAUCUUUUGAACCGCUUAAUAGAUUUGAUAACGAACCAAGACUUUAGACCAGUUAAUGUAUCCUAAUGUACUUUGAAUCGAGAAGAACAUACUAAAAGUUUACAUUAUGAACUUAAAAUUAACGCACACUAUAUAUUUUUAAAAAAUAGUCAGAAUAUUUUCAAUAAACGAUAUUGUCGAUA